UAUACCUGCCGAACGGUUUCAGACAGAUUGCAACAAACUAGAGAGAGAGAGAGAGAGGCACCGGGAAACACGGAACAGUGCCUGAGUGCCACGCGCUGCGAUGCCGAAUCCGGAGGCUCAACCUCACCAGCACCGGUCCAGGACUCGACCGUCCACGUCAGCGGCGGUUUCGGCUCGGACGGCGGUGCGGGAUAGGGUCCCGCUGAGGCAGUUGCUUAGGGUGGCGUCGGUGGCCAGCGGGAUUCAGUUUGGUUGGGCCUUGCAGCUGUCUCUGCUCACGCCGUAUGUGCAGCAGCUUGGGAUUCCUCAUCAAUGGGCCAGCAUCAUCUGGCUCUGCGGCCCAGUCUCUGGCCUCUUCGUUCAGCCCUUGGUGGGCCUCAUGAGUGACCGGUGUACCAGCCGGUUCGGUCGCCGGAAACCGUUCAUCUUGGUCGGGGCUGCAUCGAUCGUCGUCGCCGUUAUCAUAAUCGGUUACGCCGCUGACAUCGGAUGGUGGUUUGGCGACACAGAGAGUAACCGGCCUUGGGCCAUAACCUUCUUCGUUAUCGGAUUUUGGAUUCUCGAUGUGGCUAACAACGUCACUCAAGGUCCUUGUAGAGCUUUGCUCGCUGAUCUCACUAGCAAGGAUGCUAGAAGGACACGUGUUGCAAAUGCUUAUUUCUCCCUGUGUAUGGCUAUUGGUAACAUUCUUGGCUAUGCAACUGGAUCAUACAGCGGUUGGUACAAGAUUUUUACUUUCACGCUUAACCCUGCGUGCACUAUUAGUUGUGCAAAUCUCAAGUCUGCUUUCUUUCUUGACAUUGCUUUCAUUGCGGUAACCACAUAUAUCAGCAUCACGGCAGCUCAUGAAGUGCCUCUAAAUUCAAGUGGGGCAGCCCAUGCUGAAGAAGGGGCAGGGGAGUCAGGUAGUGCAGAAGAAGCUUUCAUGUGGGAACUAUUUGGGACAUUCAGAUAUUUCUCAACUCCUAUUUGGAUAAUACUGUCUGUUACUGCUCUUACAUGGAUUGGGUGGUUCCCAUUUAUUCUCUUUGAUACUGAUUGGAUGGGUCGAGAGAUUUAUGGCGGUGAUCCAAAUGUAGGCCUUACUUAUGAUGCUGGAGUUAGAAUGGGAGCUCUUGGUUUAUUGCUUAAUUCAGUAGUUCUUGGAAUAACAUCAUUGCUCAUGGAGCGGCUAUGCAGGAAGCGAGGGGCUGGUUUUAUAUGGGGAAUUUCAAAUAUUCUAAUGGCUUUUUGCUUUCUUGCAAUACUAGUAGUAACCUAUGUGGCAAAUAACAUUGGCUAUGUAGGCAAAGACCCACCACCAACUGGCAUUGUGAUAGCUGCGUUGGUAAUCUUCACCAUUCUUGGAUUUCCAUUGGCAAUCACUUACAGUGUUCCAUAUGCUUUAAUUUCCACGCACAUUGAGCCAUUGGGACUUGGCCAAGGGUUAUCAAUGGGUGUCCUUAAUCUGGCAAUAGUGAUCCCGCAGAUAGUGGUGUCCCUGGGAAGUGGACCAUGGGAUCAACUAUUUGGUGGAGGAAAUUCCCCAGCCUUUGCUGUGGCAGCUGUUGCAGCCCUUGUCAGUGGACUCAUAGCUGUCUUGGCUAUUCCCCGAUCUGGUGCUCAAAAGGCCCGAAUCCAUGUAUGAGGCUAAAUGCCGUGGGAAAGUAGUUGAGGCAUCUUCUGUAGGUUCCAAAGUUCAUCUUGGGCAAUAUCUUUUCCACAAGUUGAGUUGCUGCUUAUUGGGAAUUAUUCCACACGAAAAAUUCUGUUAUUUUGAGGCAAUUGCUGAUUGUGCAUUAGUGCUUUAAUAAUGAUGUGUUGGAAUCUCAUGCAUUUGUGUGAUUUGAUUGUAUUAGUGGGAUGAAUGUAUUUAGUGGCCAACUGUGAACAUGUGAAUUUUGCUGAUGGAAACCUUG